AUGUGUUCUUUAAUUCAGGAGAGAUUCUGCAGGCUUCGAACUUACAAGUGGUGUUUCAUUCUGUUUAAUAUUAUUCUAUUUCAUGCCUUGCUUUUUGGGGCUGAUUUUGUGGAAGAGUAUUUUUGGCAUGCUUUGCCAUAUGUAGAUAUGAAAGUUCUGGAAAUUAAGGCUAAGGCAAGAAAACCGAACAUGAAACCCAUAAGAAGUAAUCUUGCUAAAUAUUAUAUCCUGAGCCACUCGGAGGUGUGUAAAGGGAAGGAUGUAUUUUUACUCACUCUUAUCUUCAGUAGACCAGGAAAUGGAACAAGGCGAGACCUCAUUAGGAAAACCUGGGGUAAUGUGACCAGUGUCCGAGGGCACCCCAUCCUCACACUGUUUGCUUAGGGGAUGCCUGUUUUGGUAACUACCCAGCAAGAGAUGGAGGAGUCCCAAAAGAAUAAUGAUACAAUUGAAGGAAACUUCUUGGACAGUGCUGAGAACCAAACUCUGAAGAUGAUCACAAUGAUGCAGUGGGCUGUAACCUUCUGCCCUAAUGCCCUUUUCAUUCUCAAGGUUGAUGAAGAGAUGUUUGUCAAUCUACCAAGUUUGGUAGACCAUUUCCUCAAUUUGAAAGAAUACCUUGAAGACAUCUAUUUAGGAAGAGUUAUCCACCAGGAUAUACCCAACAGAGACCCUAACAGCCAAGAAUUUGUCCCUUUUAGUGAGUACCCAGAAAAGUAUUACCCAGGUUACUGCAGUGGUGAGGCCUUUAUUAUCCAGAAUGUGGCAUGGGUGAUGUACGCUGUUUUCAAAGUACCCAUUACAAUGCCUGCUGAUGUGUUUGUAGGAAUUUGCACUAAGGCCAUUGGUCUUAUACCCAUCCACAGUUCAAGGUUUUCUGGGAAAAGGCACAUCAGAUACAACAGAUGUUGCUGUAAGUUCAUUUUCAUGUCUUCAGAAACUACAGAUACUGAAAUGCCCCUGGCGUGGAAGGAAAUUCAUAAUGGAAAAGAAUGUACAUUGUUUGAAACCUAUCAUGGGCUCAUUUCCUGCAAACCUUACCUUGACAGCUUCAAACAUUUUCACAUGGGUACCAUAAAAAAUAAUGCCAUGUAUUUUGGUGAUUAG